AUGCUCAGAUCUGGGCCUCCCAGUGGGCCCGCGCCCGGCACCGAGUCCUCACCUGGAGGACUCUUCGGAGUGGAGGACGCGCUCACCUACCUGGACCAGGUGAAGAUCCGCUUCGGCAGCGACCCGGCCACCUACAACGGCUUCCUGGAGAUCAUGAAGGAGUUCAAGAGCCAGAGCAUUGAUACUCCUGGGGUCAUCCGACGUGUGUCUCAGCUCUUCCACGAGCAUCCUGACCUCAUCGUGGGAUUCAAUGCUUUCCUGCCUCUUGGGUACCGGAUAGACAUUCCCAAGAACGGCAAGGUGGACACUCAGUCCCCCGGGGGCCAGGAGAACGCUCAUGGUGAAGGCGCGGCCGACUUCAAGCCGCAGGCCGCAGCGGCAGCAGCCUGCAAGGAGGAGCGGGGCCAGGGACCCUUGGAGGCGGACUCGGUGGAGUUCAACAAUGCCAUCAGCUACGUGAACAAGAUUAAGACUCGCUUCUUGGACCACCCGGAGAUCUACCGCUCCUUCCUGGAGAUCCUGCACACCUACCAGAAGGAGCAGCUGCACUCCAAGGGCCGUCCGUUCCGCGGCAUGUCGGAGGAGGAGGUGUUCACCGAGGUGGCCAACCUCUUCCGUGGCCAGGAGGACCUGCUCUCCGAGUUCGGCCAGUUCCUGCCCGAGGCCAAGCGCUCCCUGUUCACAGGCAGCGGGGCGUGUGAGAUGAACAGUAUCCCGAAGAGUGAGCAGGAGAAGAGCCUGGAGCACAGCAAAAAGCGCUCUCGGCCCUCGCUCCUCCGUCCGGUGUCGGCACCGGCCAAGAAGAAGAUGAAGCUCCGUGGAACCAAAGACCUGUCCCUCGCCGCCGUGGGCAAGUACGGCACGCUGCAGGAGUUCUCCUUCUUUGACAAGGUGCGCAGGGUUUUGAAGAGCCAGGAGGUGUACGAGAACUUUCUGCGCUGCAUUGCCCUCUUCAAUCAGGAGCUGGUGUCGGGCUCUGAGCUCCUGCAACUCGUUAGCCCGUUUCUAGGGAAAUUUCCAGAACUCUUUGCACAGUUCAAGUCCUUCCUGGGGGUGAAAGAGCUGUCAUUUGCACCACCCAUGAGCGAGCGGUCUGGGGAUGGAAUCAGCCGAGAAAUCGACUACGCGUCCUGCAAGCGCAUUGGGUCCAGCUAUCGGGCGCUCCCCAAAACCUACCAGCAGCCAAGGUGCAGCGGGAGGACGGCCAUCUGCAAGGAGGUGCUGAACGACACCUGGGUGUCCUUCCCCUCCUGGUCUGAAGACUCGACCUUUGUUAGCUCUAAGAAGACGCCCUACGAGGAGCAGCUGCAUCGCUGUGAGGAUGAGCGCUUCGAGUUAGACGUGGUCCUGGAGACCAACCUGGCCACCAUCCGGGUGCUGGAGAGCGUGCAGAAGAAGCUGUCGCGGAUGGCGCCUGAGGACCAGGAGAAGUUCCGGCUGGAUGAUGCUCUGGGCGGCACGUCGGAGGUGAUCCAGCGGCGCGCCAUCCACCGCAUCUACGGGGACAAGGCCCCCGAGAUCAUCGAGAGCCUCAAGAAGAACCCGGUCACAGCCGUCCCCGUUGUCCUGAAGAGGCUGAAGGCCAAGGAGGAGGAGUGGCGGGAGGCCCAGCAGGGCUUCAACAAGAUCUGGAGGGAGCAGUAUGAGAAGGCGUACCUCAAGUCCCUGGACCACCAGGCUGUGAACUUCAAGCAGAACGACACCAAGGCCCUGCGCUCCAAGAGCCUGCUCAACGAGAUCGAGAGUGUCUACGAUGAGCACCAGGAGCAGCACUCGGAGGGGCGCAGCGCACCGGCCAGUGAGCCGCACCUCAUCUUCGUGUAUGAGGACCGGCAGGUGCUGGAGGACGCCGCAGCGCUGGUGGGCUACUAUGUGAAGCGGCAGCCGGCCAUCCAGAAGGAGGACCAGGCCACCAUGCAGCAGCUGCUGCUCCGCUUCCUGCCCGGCCUCUUCUUCUCCCAGCACCCAGGGCCGGGGUCUGAGGAGCCGGGGCCCGAGCGCGAGGGGCCGGCGGGGCCCAGCGUAGAGCCGGCCGAGCUUGGGAAGCCCGUGGGGCCCGGGCCCGAGGAGGCGGCUCGGGACGAUGUAUACAGCCUGUUCUUUGCCAAUAACAACUGGUACUUCUUCCUGCGCCUGCACCACACGCUGUGCGCGCGGCUGCUCAAGAUCUACCGGCAGGCGCAGAAGCAGUUGCUGGAGUACCGGGCGGAGAAGGAGCGGGAGCAGCUGCUGUGCGCCGGCCGCAGGGAGAAGGGCGGCGACCCCGCCAUGGAGCUGCGUCUCAAGCAGCCCAGUGAGGUGGAGCUGGAGGAGUACUACCCCGCCUUCCUGGACAUGGUGCGGAGCCUGCUGGAGGGGAGCAUCGACCCUGCGCAGUAUGAGGACGCCUUGCGGGAGAUGUUCACCAUUCACGCCUACAUCGGCUUCACCAUGGACAAGCUGGUGCAGAACAUCGCGCGCCAGCUGCACCACCUGGUGAGCGACGACCUGUGCCUGAAGGUGGUGGAGCUCUACUUGAACGAGAAGAAGCGGGGCGCCGCUGGGGGCAACCUGUCCUCCCGCUGCGUGCGUGCGGCCCGGGAGACCAGCUACCAAUGGAAGGCCGAGCGCUGCAUGGCGGAUGAGAACUGCUUCAAGGUGAUGUUCCUGCAGCGCAAAGGACAGGUGAUCAUGACCAUCGAGCUCCUGGACACGGAGGAGGCCCAGACGGAGGACCCCGUGGAGGUGCAGGGCUGA